CGAUUCAUAUUUUUAAGAGAGAGAGAGACAGAGAAGUGGUGUUAGAGGGAGAAAGAGAGAGAGAGAGAAAUGGUUUUUGAACGCCGGCGAAAGAGAGAAGUGGUUUUAGAGUGAAACAGUGAGAGGGAAGUGGUUUUAGAGUGAAACAGUGAGAGAGAAGUGGUUUUAGAGUGAAACAGUGAGAGGGAAGUGGUUUUAGAGUGAAACAGUGAGAGGGAAGUGGUUUUAGAGUGAAACAGUGAGAGGGAAGUGGUUUUAGAGUGAAACAGUGAGAGGGAGAUGGUUUUUGAGGGCUAGAGAGAGAGAGACGGGCAGUGUUUUCUGGUUCAUCAGACCAGAGAAAUCGGAACACUCUCUCGAUCGAUGAGAGAAACGGGAAAAAUUCGCCCUUUUGUACUGUGACUCGGCCUAGACAACAAUAUCUGUCUAGGUUUUCUGGUUUUGAAUCUCCCUGUCAUUAGGGCGAUGAUCCAAUCAAGCAUGCUAUGCUCUUCUCGCUACUCCUUCUCUGCAACUUCUCUUCCCUCUCCACCAUUGAAUCUCAAGUUGAGAAAAACUCAAUUUCUUCUUAGAUGGAGGUGUAUGGCCACCGAACCAGAAGGCCUCUUUGCCUCAACCACAAAUACACAGCUCGAUUUAGACACCACCGACAAAAACACGACCAAUUUUUGCAUCAUAGAAGGGCCUGAAACAGUACAAGACUUUGCCAAACUGCAGUUGCAAGAAAUUCAAGACAAUAUCCGGAGUCGUCGUAACAAAAUUUUCUUGCAUAUGGAGGAGGUUCGCAGGCUACGUAUCCAGCAAAGAAUUAGAAGUGCUGAACUUGGUGUUCUAAAAGAAGAAAAAGAAAAUGAGUUUCCUGAUUUUCCGUCAUUCAUUCCCUUUUUGCCUCCAUUGACUCCAGCAAAUCUUAAAGUGUACUAUGCUACGUGCUUCUCUCUUAUUGCGGGAAUCAUGCUUUUUGGAGGCCUUCUGGCACCCACUCUGGAACUUAAGUUGGGUCUAGGAGGUACAUCCUAUGAAGACUUUAUUCGUAGUAUGCAUCUGCCUCUACAGUUGAGUCAGGUUGAUCCUAUUGUUGCAUCAUUCUCGGGUGGAGCAGUAGGAGUGAUAUCAUCCUUGAUGGUGGUUGAAAUCAACAAUGUUAAGCAACAAGAGCAAAAAAGAUGCAAAUACUGUCUUGGAACUGGGUACCUGUCCUGUGCUAGAUGUUCAAGCAGUGGAACGCUAUCCAUGGUUGAACCAGUUGCUGUGGCUGAAGGUUAUGAUCAAUCUCUCUCACCGCCCACAGCUGAACGAUGCCCUAAUUGCUCAGGUGCAGGAAAGGUGAUGUGUCCUACAUGCCUAUGUACUGGAAUGGCAAUGGCAAGUGAGCAUGAUCCGAGAAUUGAUCCUUUUGACUAGAGAUUUUUCUAGGAAACAGAGUCAUCCAGUGAAGAAAACUGUAUUUGUGAAAUAUAUAGGAAAUAUUUUGUUUCCUUUUGAUAAUUAUGGUUCCAGGUUGUCUGGGGCGAUUUCUGUAAAUUAUCUACGGUGAUCAGACAUCAAAAACCUAAGCAAGAAUUUCGUUUCUCUCUAUAUGGGGGUGAAAAAAAGUUUUUAGUAAGAUUUUU